AUGGGAUCAAAUCGAAAAAUUCUUAACACUCUCCGCUACACCCUCGGUCUUAGCAACUUGCAAGAUGUAUCACAACUGGCUCAAGUCUCCCAGAACCUGCUCGAACAAAAGUUUGACGCUACACCUGAAAGCUUCUCGGCUAGGAGAAUGGGGAAAAUUUACAUGACAUGGCUUAUUCACCAAGACUUCACGACAGAAGUGAACCUCCAAAGCCAAGUCGUCGAGCAAUGGGUAUCUUUCGUGAACUCCUGGGGGUUUGAGGUUGAAGACGCCAUCGCCUUGUGGGCUAAAAUUAACAACAAGGAUACUGAGUCGGACGAGGACACAAAACAGCUGAGGGAGAAGAGGAAUGCUUUACGACAUGAAAUAGAGAAUCAGUUCCUUAACAGUACGAUGCUCAUCUGGCAUGGGUAUGGAUAUCGUGUUAACGGGUAUAGUACCUCAGAGCCCAUACCACCCUCCGGCUUGGUACAAACCGUGCCUCCACUGCGCAAUUACAAUACUCGCGGUCAAAUUAGAAAGUUUGAUGAGUAUACCAAAUCUGCCCUUCAGGACUGGCCGACGAGGGAUAUCCCCUUCUCAAGCAUAGAGACUGCUGCAGAUACGGAUACGAAGUCCAAAGAGUCCGAAGAGUCCGAAGAGAUUACGUCGCUGGAUAUAAAAGGAGAACAUGGGGAAGUACCAGCAAAGAAAAAAGCAAAACUUGACACUGGUGGUAGUAGUAGCCUCAGGUUGGUUUCGAAGGGAUCCGGCACGGGCUCGUCUCCCAUCGAUCUGACAAAAUGA